AUGCGUUCAACACUUUGGUCGUUAUUAGCCCUUACCGGGCUGGCCGAUGCCAACGCCCAUGACUCCUGUAAAUGCACACCUGGAGAUUCAUGCUGGCCGUCUGUUGACGCUUGGAAUGGGCUGAAUGCUUCGGUAUCCGGAAAGCUCAUCGAGAACACACCUCCCGCUAUUUCCUGUUAUCCAGGCCCUCACCAGAACGGCGAGGAAUGUGCGUAUGUUUUCUCACAAUGGUACAACUCAUCCUUCCAGUCUCUCGAGCCGGUGGGGUACAUAUACCCUACCGACAAUAACUGUCCGCCUGUUGAUCCCAGCUCGGGAGAAAAGCCCGGAACAUGUACUUUGGGGCCAUCCCCGUUGUACACGAUCAACGCGACGGAGCCGGGGGAAUUAGCGACCGGAAUGGCGUUUGCAAAGAAGAACAACAUCCGGCUUGUUGUUAGGAAUACCGGUCACGAUAUUCUUGGAAAGUCUGAAGGCUAUGGUGCUCUGCAAAUCUGGAUCAAGUAUAUCCAAAAAGGGAUCACUUAUCAUGAAACGUACGUUCCAUCGGACCACUGCAAGAACACAAACUGGACCGGCUCCGCGUUCACGGUCGCGGGUGGUUACGUGUGGGAAGACGUCUAUCAAGAGGCAUUCAAGCGUAACUUGACCAUUGUAGGAGGAGGAGACCCUGUUGUGGGCUGCAUCGGUGGCUACAUCCAAGGUGGCGGCCACUCACCUGCCAGCCGUGACUACGGUCUUGGAUCAGACCAAAUCCUAGAGGCCCAAGUCAUGCUGGCUAACGGCAACACUGUUACUGCCAAUGCAUGCCAGAAUUCCGACCUUUAUUUCGCGAUCCGCGGUGGCGGAGGUGGAACUUACGGCGUUGCCACCUCCAUGACUCUCAAGGCCUAUCCGUCAAAGCCCGUGGUGGCCCAAUCCCUUACCGUAGUGCCGCUUGGAAACAGUACCGAUGUUCUUCUGGAGGCAGUCACGGAUAUCCACACCGAGUAUCCAGCCAUCUCUGAUGCAGGGUUCUCCGGCUACGGGACAUGGUCUGUCAACGGCCCCAUGGCACUAUUCGCGAACCAGACGGUCGGUUACGUCCACGCUGUCGCAGCCAUGGGUAAAUCACGCAAGCAAGCAGAAAGGGCAUUUGCACCCCUUCUGCAUAUGCUGCAGAAAUACAAUGGCACUUCUCUGUUUGUCUCGGUUCAGUGGUACCAGUUCCCGACAUAUCCGGCCUAUUACCGCGCCAUGUCAGGGGUACACCAGCCAGUGGGUUCGGCGAAUUCCGCUAUGAGCUCUCGGAUGUUUGACAAAAGGUCUCUGACCAAGAAUCGCACGUUCCUUCGGAAGAUGGUCGGGACUAUUGCCGGGGCCCCAGAGGAGUACACUAUCAACAGCGUGGAACUGGUCGGGGGAGGAAAGGUGUUGACUGACGGAGCAGACCGGUUCUCUGGCUUGAACCCAGCCUGGCGCUCGACAUACAUGGUCAAUAUUGUGGCUAGAGGUUGGACGAAUGGUACAGACAAGUCAACCGCGCAAGCCGUCAAGAACGAUAUUACCUAUAAGAAGGGUGGGGGGAUGAGGGCCUUGACCCGAAAGCUGGGCAGUUAUAUGAAUGAGGCUGAUCGAAACGAUCCUCUUUGGGCUGAGGACUUUUAUGGUGCUAACUAUAAGCGUUUUUCAUUGAUCAAGAAGAAAUAUGAUCCGGACAGUCUGUUCUACUGUCCAACCUGCGUUGGUAGUGAGAUGUGGCACCAGAAGUAUAUUUUGGAUAAGGAGUACGGCCCUCUCUGCCAGGGAGGGCGUAGAUAG